AUGCUUAGAUGCUUGACAUUGGCAUCUUUGUGAAUUCUCAAAGCUGAGCUUGAGCGCCAAUGUUAUAAAUAAAACCUCAUCCUCAUGAAGCCAGGAUCACCAUUUGCCACCUUCAGUCUUCAGCUGUGUCGCGGCUGUACGUGUGAGGAGCUAGCGGAGCGAGAGUAGCGACGACGCUGCUGUAAGCUGCCAUGGACAAGCUUACUUCCCCGUCCUCCCCGCGACCCGCCUCGUUCUCCUUUUCCGAGCCGUCAUGCACGAUUCUCGAACUACCUUCCUGCGAAGUCCCGGAGCAGUGGCUGCUCGAUGACGAUGUCCUUGUGGGCAAGAACGAGAACGAUGGUAUUGGCGCCUGCCUGUGGGAGAUGCCGGCGGCGGACGGCGGCGUGCUCUCCCCUGACUCUGAGCUCGCCAAGCUGCUCCCGAGCCUCUCAGCGCCGGCUCCGCAGCGCCAGGCGAAGCGGCGGGGCCGGAAGCCAGGGCCGCGGCCGGGGCCGGGCGCCGGGGCAGCCGCCGGUCACGUGGAGUCCGAGCGGCAGCGCCGCGAGAAGCUGAACCGGCGGUUCUGCGACCUCCGCGCCGCCGUGCCCACCGUGUCGCGCAUGGACAAGGCCUCCCUCCUCGCGGACGCCGCGCGGUACAUUGCCGAGCUCCGCGCCCGCGUGGCGCAGCUCGAGUCCGAGGCGAGGCACGCUGCCGUGGCGAGGUGGGAGGGGAUCAGCGCCGACGGCGGCGGCCACGGCGACCAAGCCGCGGCCGUCGUCGACGGUGAGCUGUACGUGCGGGAGGUGGGCCGGGACACGGCCGUUGUGCGCGUGACGAGCGGCGCGAGCCACGCGCCCGCGCUGCUGAUGGGUGCGCUCCGGUCGCUGGAGCUGCAGGUACAGCACGCGUGCGUGAGCCGCGCGCACGGCGUCACCACGCAGGAUGUUGUCGUCGACGUGCCCCCCGCUGCCACCGCGCUGCAGGACGACGAAGGUCUACGCAUGGCGCUGCUCCAGAGGCUGCAGGCCGGCGACUAGCCUCGUUCAAACGACGAAUUAUCGUGGUUUGUACGGUGCACAAGCGUAUAACCUCCAGACUUGCUCGUAGAUUAAUUCUACUAAUAAUGCUAUUGAUAUUAGGACGUAUGGGAUCGAGGUAUAUGCAUGCCAUGGAUAAAUCUGAAGCACAGAGAGGAGGCAUGGCAUGGGGCACCUCAGCUCUACACUUUCUCUUCGUCGCUACAGUAAAAAGAUGACCGUGGAGCUUAUAUAUAUUUUUAAAUCAUAAAGUCCAUGAAUCUAGAUGUCGCCGUAAAAAUGGAUGCAUGCUCACUAUCACGACUAUUCAAAAGUCAAAACAUGGCUCUCCUUUGUAUCAUUUUCUAAGUUCUAAACGCCACCUUCUUCUUUUUUUCACGUUUCAAUAACACAGGUGGGGUGAUUAGGGUUGAGGGGGUUGCAGUUUUGGUGCUUUGAAGCAUUGUCGACAAGGAAAGCAAAGGUUUCUAGUUGGUCA